GUGGUUUUGGAGAUGAAGGAAAUUUAUGCUAAGUUUGUAUCUCAGAAAAUCAGCAAAACCCGCUGGCGACCAGUUCCUUCGGGAAGUUUGCAGACAGCAGAGACCUUCACUACGGGCUCUUGGGACAACGAGAAAAAUUAUGUUUCGCUGUGGUCAAUUGGAGAUUUUGGACACGUGGACUCCGAUGGAGGAAUGGAUGGAGACCAUCAGUUACUGUGCGAAAGCAAACACCAUGGCGAUGUAAUGGAUUUACAGUUUUUGGACCAGGAGAGAAUUGUAGCUGCUUCAUCCACAGGAAGUGUAACAGUUUUCCUUCACCAUCAGAAUAACCAGACACUGUCGGUCAGCCAUCAGUGGACAACAGCUCACUACCACACUGGUCCAGGGAGCCCUUCCUACAGCAGUGCGCCUUGUACUGGUGUCGUGUGCAACAACCCAGAAAUUGUCACCGUUGGUGAAGAUGGCAGAAUAAAUCUCUUCAGCGCUGAUCACAAGGAAUCUGUGAGAACCAUAGACAAUGCAGACAGCAGCACGCUACAUGCUGUCACCUUCCUCCGCACGCCUGAGAUUCUAACAGUAAAUUCCAUUGGACAGUUAAAAAUAUGGGACUUCAGACAACCAGGGAAUGAGCCCUCUCAGAUAUUAUCACUGACUGGCGACCGAGUGCCCCUCCACUGUGUUGACAGACAUCCCAACCAGCAGCACAUUGUAGCUACUGGCGGCCAGGACGGGAUGCUGAGUAUUUGGGACGUAAGACUGGGCACGAUGCCGGUGUCUCUGCUGAAGGCCCAUGAAGCAGAGAUGUGGGAAGUUCACUUCCACCCAUCCAACCCAGACCACUUAUUUACUUGUUCUGAAGACGGGUCCCUCUGGCACUGGGAUUCCUCCACAGACGUACCUGAAAAGUCAUCCCUCUUUCACCAAGGAGGAAGGAACAGUCCCUUGUUGGCUCACAGCAUUAGUAACCAGGCUGCUGCGCACCCUUCUCUCCUCACUUCCUGGCUCAGUGCUGACCCUGCGAAAGACCGCAUGGAAAUCACCAGCUUGCUCCCCACGAAGACUCUGUCCGUGAACAGUUUGGAUGUGUUGGGCUCUUGCCUCGUGUGUGGGACUGACGCAGAAGCAAUUUAUGUGACCAGGCAGCUUUUUUCAUGAAAACGCUGUAGCAGUACAAUGUCAGGUGCAGCAUACAGGCAGCCUUUUGAUAUCCAGUGUCUACGCAAAAUGCUAUUCAUGGAAAGGUGAGAUUUAACAGUGGAAACAUCAAUAAACUAAUGUUCAUGCUCAUGCCCAGAGUCAGCUGGACAUUCUUAAAACAGUGGCAGAAAAAAAUUACUCUGUGGAAGAACAUCAGCGCAGUUCUUCACUGACGUCAUCCACUGCCUCUCAACAAACUAGUUGGUCACUCCUGGACCAGCUCGUCCCUUUGCAGGGUGGAGAGCUUAAUGCUGUCAAACCACCAACUGGUUCCAGUAAUCUUUGUCCACAGUGUGUGGCCUUUCUCCCUCCCUGAUGACCUUAACCAGGAUUGAUAUUUUCUCUCGGUUGAAAUUAUCUUCUUCUGUGAUCUAGAUUUAUUUUCUUAAUUUUAAUAAGCUUUUUAAAAUACCAUUAAGGCGAGCAAAAAUUAGAGAUGUAUAGUCCUGUUUAAAACCUUUCAGACGUGAACAUGUUUUGACAGGUUCCCUCAUUCCAAUAAUUUUUAAUCUGUCAAUUGUCUAUACCCAAAUUUACCUUGGCAAGGACAAAAGAAAAAAAAUUGAUUCUCUAAGAAUUGUGUUUAGCUCUAAAAUGUGUUUAAAAACUUGAACAAGACAUUUUGUUAUAAACUAGGGUUUUUUUUAUACUGAUAGAUGAACUGGCUUCCAGACUAAAACCUGUCUGAGGUAAUAUGUGGUAGAAUAGUGAUAAUAAUGAUGUGGUAAGAUGAAAGAAUUCUGCCAUUUUAUUAUUACUGAAUUGUUAAGACCUUGAGGACAAGUCACUAUUGGUACAUGACUGGAGUUUGCAUUCAUUUACUUUAUACUUCUAAUUAUAGUAAUUUUGAUAAGGUUUUGUUUUUCUGCUUUAAUAAAUACUUCAAUGAUUUGUGCCCUCUUACCUCAGAUUUUUCGUUUUCUUCUUUUUCUUUUAGUCAAAAAUUUAAAGUACUAUACAUGCAUUUCCUUCUUGAUAAAAAUAUCUGGCUCAAUAAUAUUGACUAAAGAUAAUUUUUAAAUCCAAAAGAUUUGAGAAGGGAUUCUUCUCAAAUUCUUCUAGGUUUACUGUGGCUAAUGUUUGAAAACUUUUAAUACAGAAAAUAAAAAGAAAAAAUUAAGUA